AUGGAGUGUCCUGAGAGAGCGGCUCCAAAUCCCUCAGAAAACAAUUCAACAGCAACAGCUCCAGCACCAGAAGUACCAAACUACCAAGAUGCCGAAGUUCCUGUCGCCCAUGACGCCAAAGCCGCCUGCCACCGCGGCACCGAAACUGCCGAAACCGCCGAAACUACCAACGACCAUGGCGCCCAGAUUCCUGGCGACCAUGGCGCCCCAACGGAUGCCGACAGCGGUGCCCAAGCUGCUGCCCAAACCACUGUGGAAAACAUACUAGAAGGGAAAGAAAUGAGUAAAAGCCAGAAUGAACCGCCUAUCGAAGUUGAGAACCAGUUUAUAUUGCGUCUGCCUCCGGAAUAUGCUUCUACUGUCAGGAAGAUAGUACGUUCUGGAAGCAUCACCAUGAAGGAUAAACUAAAAAUUGACUUAUAUCCUGAUGGACGUCGUGCAGUUGUUCAGGUAGAAGAUGUCUCACUAACUGCUAAGCUGGUUGAUUUGCCUUGUGUUAUUGGAAGCCUGAAAACUCUUGAUAAAAAAACCUUUUAUAAAACAGCAGAUAUUUCCCAGAUGCUCGUGUGCACUGCUGAUGGUGAUGGUGAUCUCCACUCUUCUCCAGAAGAAUCAGUGACUCCUACUGAUGUUAAAGGAAUCGAGAAAAAUGAUGGGAAGAAACAGAAAAAAUAUACCUGGAAACAUGGCAUUACUCCACCACUUAAGAAUGUCAGGAAGAGAAGGUUCCGGAAAACAACAAAAAAGCAAAGUGAUAUCAAACAAAUGGAAGAAAUCAGUUUUACUGAGUACAUUGAAUCUCCAGAUGUGGAAAAGGAAGUGAAGAGACUGCUGUGUUCAGAUGCUGAAGCUGUCAGUGCCCGAUGGGAAGUCACUGCUGAAGGUGAAACCAAGGAAAUAGAAAGCCAAGGCUCCAUUCCAGGCUUUGAAUUUUCCUCAGGAAUGACUGGCCACAAGUGGGGUCGUUUCUCAUCAGAAUACGAUGUUCUCCGGGAGUUAUUCCCUGAUUCUAGCAGUAACAGUGAUGACGAGGAGGAGGAGGAGGAGGAGGAAAAGGAGGAGGAGGAAUCUGAAGAUGAGGAUGAGGAUGAGGAAGAAGAGGAGGGAGAGGAGGAGGAGGAGGAAGAGGCUGAGGAGGGCAAGCCUAAGGAUGAAGAUGAAGAUGAUUCUGAAGAGAAUCUGAAAACUUGGCUACAGGCCAAAUUCACUGAACUAGGCCAGUAUGAGGCACUAUUUAGAUACAGUAAGUUUCUGUCUCCAUUAGUCAUGGAAAUUCAGAAGCAGAUUUAUGAUACAGAGAAGACGCUCAAACAGACUCGGGGCAGAAUAAAAAGACAAGAGGAUAUUAUCAGGAGAGUGGAACACUCAACACUCAAGACUCAUUUACAGUUUGUGCUGGAACAGCUUAAAUUACAGGAAAACCAAAAAAGUGAGCAGCUCAUUUCCCUACAGAAACAAUUGAAAUAUGUUCUGGAGAAAUGAGAAGGACCUUCAACCUGGCAUACAAGCCUUGGAUUCACCAUCCAGACUGAAUACUGAAUGAAACUGUAUAUGUAUCUGUUCCUUAAGUUGCCUUAUGUUGAAUCAAUUGUGUUUGUUUCUCUGAGCCUUUUAGCUAGUUAUAAUAUAUUCAAAGUUUGUAGUCACAUAGAAAGGGACAGAGUAUAAAAAUAUAGUAGACUUAAAGUCCCAACUCAACCAUGGGACCUUGGUUCUCUUUAUCAAUUUGAGAAUAACUUCUGUUACUUUUGUUCUGUCACACCAGCAGAAGAUUCAGCCAUGUUUGGCCAAGGCAGAGAGUCUAGCUUGGAAGCUAGUUUGCAUAUGUUUUAGCUUUUCCGUCUCCUAUCUGUUUUAAGUAUUUUCUCCAACAUAGAAAAAAGCAAGUCAUUUCUACUAAGAGCUAGGACCUGCCACAGUGAAUUUAAGUGCCUACCUCGCAGCAGUUAGUACUAGGUUGUGUCAUGUCUCUAUUCACAUAAUAGGGGCUGCUUUCCUGCUCAGGGUGAUUUCUUGCUGCUGCUAUCUUUGUUCUAUUGUUGUGUUUUUGUGAUUGUGGCUGAUUGUUAUUAGCCAGCUAAGGGAGCAGUGAGGCAGAGCAGAGAUGAAGAAACUUUGAGCUGGCAUCCUUAUUCUGAGCCUUCAUUCACAUCCUAACCUCCAUCAGAAAAGGGUAGGGAAAACCAGAUGGCCUGUGAUGCCUGUGAACAACCGUGGUUGGUUUUUUAAAAGCUGUAUUACUAAGAUGUUCUGAACUAUAUUCUUUAAGCAAUAAAUCAGUUCUUUGUUUUAAAUGGAUUGAUGUCACUUCAUUAACUACCCUCAUGAAGAGAGUACUCAUAUCUAAAAGGAAACUCAUGAGACAAACUCU